AUGGGCAAGGACAAGGUCGAGAAGAAGGACCGUGCUGAGAAGAAGGAGAAGCGUGCGGAGAAGGACGGUGUGCACAAGGCUAAGAAGGAAAAGAAAGAGAAGAAGGAUAAGACUGCUCUUGUCGAUGCAGUAGAGAAGGAGAUUGUCUCCGAGGCCAUGGAAGGUCUCGAGCAGACCGGCGUUGUCGCCGUCAAGGGCGAGGGUGAGGUCGACGCCGCUGUCGACCGCCCCGUUGGCGCCCUCGUGCCGUUUGCCAACCCAUUGGUUGAGGAUAAGCAGGCCAAGAAGGUCUUGAAGAGCGUCAAGAAGGCUGCCGUCAACAAGUCUCUCAAACGUGGUGUCAAAGAGGUCGUCAAGGCUCUCCGCAAGUCUCCUAUCCCCGCCGCUAACGCUGCCAUCGGUCUCCCCAGCGGUGUUGUUGUUCUCGCUGCCGAUAUCUCCCCCAUGGACGUUAUCUCCCACAUUCCUGUCCUGUGUGAGGACCACGGCAUUCCUUACGUCUUCGUCACCUCCCGCGCUGAGCUCGGCGCUUCCGCUGCCACCAAGCGCCCUACCAGUGUGGUUAUGGUUGCCCCCAAGGCUGCCAAGGGCAAGAAGGAGGAUGAUGAGGAGUUCACCAAAGUGUUCGAGGAGCUUGCUGGAUUGGCCCAGAAGGAGCUCAAGAAGCUGACGGUCUAA